AUGUAUAUGGAUAUGGUGAAAUGGCGAGAGGAUAAUCCUCCUCCGGCGACAAUGAUGAUCAUAACCAAUCAGAUGCUAGAUGUUUUCAACUGGGAUCUGUCUCGGCUACAACAACGCACGAGUUACCACCUUUUUCUGGCUUCUUCAGCCAGACCUCGCGCAGCAUUGACCGUGGGCAGUCGCAAAGAGUGGCUUUGGGAAAAAUUACUACUUGGCACGACGGCGGAUGAUGCCGUGUUUCAUUGCAAAACGUGCUCUUUGGAUUGCCUAAGCCUUGAGAGUUUCAAGAAGCAUCUCUCCACUAAAAACCAUGCACUAGAAGAGGUUUUACGCCCUCAGCCUAAACAACUCAUUUCUGUAACGAGCAAGUGGGGAAAAAACUAUGCUGCGACGCCUGAGUAUGCGGCAGCUAAAAUCCACGUGUGGUGGGACAUGUUUUGCUGUCCUAUUCCUGACGGUUAUGACGCUCGUAGGGUCCGUCCCAGUUUGGAAGGAGCGUUCAAGGAACUAGGCUACUCUGGUGAUCAUGUCUCCAUCACUGCCUAUGGUGACCAUAAACAAACCCCCGAAUGCCACCUUCAAGCCCUCUCUUCCACUGGAAUCGAUGUUGCACAUGUCAUUCCUGAAGUCAUAUACUCGCGCAUGUCUCGUGAUUGGAAGACAUGGCAAGAUGACAAUCCUGCUCCGGCUACAAUGAUGUUCAUAUCUGAUGACGCUGAAUACUUCUUUGGAGAUACUCUUGUCUGGCGACAACAAAACAAUAAGUACAACCUGUUUCGGGCUUAUUCUUUUAGGCCUCUGAAAAUGUCAGUCCUGCUCACUUCUGCCGAGUGGCUCUGGGAUAGCUUACUUGCAGGAAGCUCAUUUCCCAGAGAGCAAGCGGUUGAAGAAAGCUGCCCAGUAGAGUUUGUGACUGAAGAAGUGAUCAGAGUCUAA